GUUGCGGCUCAAGACUCCCGUGCCCUGCCCCGGGGAGAUGGGCUGCUGGCGUUUGCCUGAAGCUGUUCGCGAGAAAGUGGGGGCACAGCUUGACGCCGACGAGGUGAUGGUUUUCCGCAAGGCGGAGGCAGAGCGACUGCCCCGGCCUUUUCCACCGACCUGGGCGCCCACACUGCGGCGCGAGGAGGUGCGCUGGAACCGAGACAUGCUUCCAGAGCGCGGGGCGGCGGCGGCGGCCCGGAAGGGCGCGCCGGAGAGCGGGAACGCCACGGCCCCUGCAGGAGCCCCGGCAGUCACGCUGUCGCGCUUCUUUCGGCCGAAGGCAAAGCCGGGGGAGGCCCCGCCAGAAGCGCCGGACGUCGCCAAGGCCGCCGAGGCUGCCGCCCCGGCCAGGAGCGCUCGCGCUCUGGACGCGCCGUCCUUCGACCCAGGUGCCAUGGAUGUGAUUGACGUCAUGGACAUAAUCGACUUGGACGACGACCCAGAGAUUGAGCUGAUAUCCUCGGAGACAAAAGUGCGAGAUUUCGAUGAGAA